UCUGUUAAUAUAGAGAGAAAAUAUUGACAGAAGAACUAAUCAGUCUUAUAAAAAUAAAGAUCAUAGGUUGAAAGAAUAUUUUUUAUGUUGAGAAUUUCGUUGUUUUUCGAGAUAAUUGUCAGAGAUAUUUAGAAUUUUUUUCUAAAAAGUAAGUUCGACAAAUUUGAUACGAAACUCACAGAGACCAAAGAAUUUGCCAAAAGAAAAAGAGUGAAUACCUUAUCCGACCCCUGACAAUUAUCUCGAAAGGACAACGAGGUUCCAAAAAAAAAAAACACCCAAUUCGGCCACUGAUAAUUUUUUUUGGGACUGAUUAGCCCCUGUGCCAAAAAAAAUAACAUUGAUUUUUUUUGGCACAGGGGCCUCGUUGUCCUUUCGAGGUAAUUGUCAGGGACCGGGUUGAGUUUUUUUUUUUUGUCAAGGGUCGGGUUGGAAUUUUUUUUGUCAGGGACCUCGUUGUCUUUCGAGGUAAUUGUUAGGGGCUGAUUUGGGUUUUUUCUCAAAGAAGAAUAUUUCCCAAACUUCUCCUAUCGACCGUUAGUAACAUAAAAAAGCAAAACGCUUUUGUUGUAAAAUAUCACGGCCCACCAAAGGCCCACGAUGAUACCCAACAAAAAAAAAAGAUAAACUAGCCGUUACGCUGCGCUUCCCAUACAAGUUUCUGAUCCUUUCAAAUCCCUAAUUUAUUGGCCCCUUUAUCCCUUCCGCUUUUCAAAAUCACUUCAAACUGCACACUCAUCACUGUUUCUUCAAGCGCCCAUUCCUCUUCCUCACCAAAAUCAGUUCCACACAAAUUGUUGAUCAGAACUAUCGCUCUUCAUUUCAAAACAAAUUGGACUGAAUUCGCCAUGGCCGCAAGAACGGUUACGAAAGACAUAAUCACCCUACGUGGUUCUGCAGCAAUUGUUAGCGAGUUCUUCGGAUAUGCUGCUAACAGCAUCCUUUACAACCGAGGAGUGUAUCCAGAAGAAAGCUUUGUGAAGGUGAAGAAAUACGGUCUCCCAAUGUUGCUUACUGAAGAUGAGGGUGUCAAAUCUUUUAUAGCCAAUUUAACUGCUCAGCUCUCUGAAUGGCUUGAAGCUGGAAAGUUGCAGAGGAUUGUCCUUGUUAUAAUGAGCAAGGCCACCGGUGAAGUCCUUGAAAGGUGGAACUUCAGCAUUGAGACCGAUAGCGAGGUUGUCGAGAAGGGUGUAUCAAGGGAAAAGAGUGACAAAGAAAUUAUGAGAGAGAUACAAGCAAUUAUGAGGCAGAUUGCUUCAAGCAUCACCUAUUUGCCUUGCCUGGAUGAACCUUGUGUUUUUGAUGUGUUAGCAUACACUGACAAGGAUCUUGCAGUCCCAUUCACUUGGAUUGAGAGUGAUCCAAAACUUAUUGCGAAUCCACAAAUGGUGAAGUUGCAUUCCUUUGACACCAAGAUUCACAAGGUUGAUACACUUGUAUCUUACAAGAACGAUGAAUGGGAUGAGUAAAGAGCCCCUUUUUGUGCCUUGUUUUUCUUUUUUUUUUCUCAGAUUCUGUGUGGUUGUGAAUUUUCUAUUCACAUUGUUUAGAUGUAUGUUGGUACUAACGUGGAUGUCAACAUAAUCACUUCUGUAUGUUGUAGCAGAAAUAACUGGCACAGUGGCACUAAAGUGGAGUGGGUAGACAAAUUUGCAUUACUUAUUUCAGAAUUUGUAGUUUGAUUAUUA